GGCCAAGCCCCCAAGCAUGUCAAGGCGGAAGCGAAGCGGGCGCAGCACUUUCUCCCUGGCCCGCCGUCAUGAAACAACUGCAGCCAGCACAACCAGUCGUCGUGUGGCAACAACCACGGACGAUGAGGCAGUCGAGGAUGAAGAAGAGUGGCAGCACGCAGACCACGAGGCACGGCUGGUGGCACUCCAGCAAUACGACGUGCGAGACAUCCCAACAACAGACAAGGAGGCUCACGCGCAGGUGCAGGCAGGGCUGGACUUUGAAAGAGAGCAGUACCUGCCAGACACCACCAACGGACAUGGGCACGGUGGUGGCCUGAGCGGUGCUGUUGGCACGGAAGACGAGGAUGAUGAUGCUGGUGAUGAUGACUUUGACGAUGGCUUUGAUGAUGACUUGGAAGAAACCGAUGAUGACGACGAUGAUGGUGACGACGACGGGGGCGGUGGCGUUGGACGUGCCAGAAAGCAGGAACAACAUCAACAGCAGGAAGCCUCAGAGCCCGCCACGUCACAGGCAAAGCAGUGCAUCCGCGGAGGUGCGCAGUGCCAAUCUGGGCUUCGCCCGAGUUUGAUCAAAGAAACCCAACGUUUUGUCCAGCAGCUGUCUCGCCCGCUGAAGCGUGUCUUCUGCCAGGCGGUUCUCGCCAGCUGCGUGCACCCGCCACCGACAUCCAAGCCAGGAGCGCGCGCCCGAGUCAAGUAUCAGCUCGCAGGUGUGCGUCUGUGCCGGGGCUGCUUCCUCUCCGUGCUCGGUAUUGGUCGGAGGUUCUUGUUUGAGGCCAUCGCUGACAUCAAGGAAGGACACAUCGUGCCUUCGCCUCGCAAGCCCAGGCCCGAAACGCUGCGCCGCCGGGAACAGAAGCAGCAGGAGGAACCAAAGGUGCCGAAGACGCGGGAAGCCGAGGCAUUCCUCGCCGGGUUCAUCGAUGACUGGGGUCUUGAAAACCCAUCCGGGAGAGGUCCACACAUCCUUCUUCCCAUCCACUUCACCAAACGUUAUGUGUACCGGCAAUACGCCGAAGACUCAGAUAACCCUAUUGCAGAGAGCUCGUUCCGGCUCGUUUGGCUGCAGAACCACCCCACCGCACGCCGUGCCAAGAAGGAAACAGACGUGUGCGAUAUGUGUGCCACUCUUGUCAACAAGCAUGCCACGGAAUACCUGUCCAACCAUCUUGCUGAAGUGAAGCAGGAGCGGCACUUCAUGAAACACAACGUGCAACUCGCGUGCGAUCAGCCUGGAUCUGUCGCUGCCCUGUCGUUUGACUUUGCGGCAACGGUGCGCCUGCCCCACUUUGUCCGUCAGCGAAAGCAAUUCUACUAUGAGUCUGGCUUGAAGGCGGACAUCUUUGGCAUUGUGUUCUUGCCAACAUGUCAGCAGACCAACUACGUCAUCCCCGAGACAACCGCACCAGCCAAGCGCGGCUCAGACUUGGUCAUCUCGCUGCUCUUCCAGUACCUGCAGUCCAUCACCCCGCGCCCUCAAACCAUCUACCUGACGGCCGACAACUGCACUGGCCAGAACAAGAACAAGAACAUGAUGCGCUUCCUCAGCCUGUACUCCGCCCGCUAUGGCUGCGACGUGUACCUGCACUUCAUGAUCCAGGGCCACACGCGGACCUUCCACGACGGCGGCUUUGGCCACAUCAAGCGCGCCAUGAACCUGUACAACGUGGAAUGCCCGCGCCAGCUUCGUGAGCUGGUGGAUGACUCGGCGUCCACCAACCACGCCGUCGACGCUGACACGGUGCCCCAGCGCACGUACUCUGCACUGCUCGGCACGAUGGCUGCUGAUGUCACCGCGCGUGUGCCGAUCAGCGGCAACCACCACUUCAACUUCCGCAGCGACACCCCUGGCGUGAUGUUCUACCGUGUAAGUCCCACGGACGAGUGGCAAGCGUUCCAACUGCUCGACCCAAGCAAGGUCAGAGACACGGCCAACUCGCGCACGUGGCUGACGUCUGCACCGCCUCUCCGGCGGCGUGAGAUGACGGAGGCGCGCGUGAAGCAGCUCACGCACAUCCGAGAUGAGUACCUGAGCGACCUGCCCCAGGCGACACAGGACGACUUCUUCAACGUCGACCUGAUGCGCAGCAAGCAGCAGGCCAUCGCCACUCAUGACCAGCGUCCACCGACCCCGCCCGUCGUGCUUCAAGCCUAAACCACACACACACACACACACACACACA